GCGUCUAGGUGAACAAGAAAAUGACCGAAGAAACACACCCGGACGAUGACAGCUAUAUUGUGCGUGUCAAGGCUGUGGUUAUGACCAGAGAUGACUCCAGCGGGGGAUGGUUCCCACAGGAAGGAGGCGGGAUCAGUCGAGUCGGGGUCUUUAAGGUCAUGCACCCUGAAGGCAAUGGACGCAGCGGCUUUCUCAUCCGUGGUGAACGACAGAAAGACAAACUGGUGGUAUUGGAAUGCUAUGUGAGAAAGGACUUGGUCUACACCAAAGCCAAUCCAACAUUUCAUCACUGGAAGGUCGAUAAUAAGAAGUGUGGGCUUACUUUCCAAAGCCAAAGCCCUGCCGAUGCUCGAGCCUUAGACAGGGGAGUGAGGAAAGCAAUUGAAGAUCUUACAGAAGGCUCAACGACAUCAUCGUCCACCAUCCAUAAUGAAGCUGAGCUUGGUGAUGAUGACGCUUUUACAACAGCUACAGACAGCUCUUCUAAUUCCUCUCAGAAGAGGGAACAACCUGCUCGGACAAGCUCCUCUCCCACAUACUGUGAGCAGUGGAGGAUUUACACCGUGGCCCACCUCCACGACCCGUACCUCACGGACCACUGUCACCUCGAAAAGCCCAUGCCAAGGCCCUACCGCCAGGUGAGCUUCCCGGACGACGACGAGGAGAUCGUGCGCAUCAACCCCAGGGAGAAGAUCUGGAUGACGGGUUAUGAGGGUCCCCGGCACGCGCCCGUGUGGGGCAAGUACCUCGACCCCUCGGAGGACGCUGACUCGCACGUGCGCUUCGCCAAGGGCGAGGUUCCCAAGCACGACUACAACUACCCCUACCUGGACUCCUCCGACUUUGGCCUCGGCGAGGACCCCAAAGACCGCGGGGGCAGCGUGAUCAAGACUCAGCCCUCCCGGGGCAAGUCCCGGCGACGGAAGGAGGACGGAGAGCGCUCGCGGUGCAUCCACUGCAGGGACAUGUUCAACCACGAGGAAAACCGGAGGGGCCACUGUCAGGACGCCCCCGACUCCAUGAGAACAUGCAUCCGUCGUGUGAGCUGUAUGUGCUGUACGGACAGCAUGCUCUAUCACUGUAUGUCGGACCCCGAGGGAGACUAUACAGACCUCUGCUCGUGCGAUACCAGCGACGAGAAGUUUGGCCUCCGGUGGAUGGCGCUGAUCGCCUUGUCUUUCUUGGCCCCCUGUAUGUGCUGUUACCUGCCGCUUCGGGCCUGCUACCACUGCGGCGUGAUGUGCAGGUGCUGUGGAGGGAAGCACAAAGCGGCCGUGUGA